CGGAAUUCAACCAUCCAAGAGCGGGGAAUCAACCAGCGUGGAGUCAGCAUCAGCGGCGAAGGCAAUCCAUUUGUUUACGAAGGAAUAUGCUUCGAUUCAGGAAUGAUUGCGGAUUAUGGUCCACGAAUGUCCAUGACUGACUUGGAUGCUAGUGGAGCGACCUCUAUUCAACUUUGUUCCUUGGGAUGUGUAAUCGAUCUUUCGCCCUUGGAAGGUGGAUGCUAUGCGCUUUCGAAGGACUGGAUCAAAACAUCUUAUCGUAGCGGAAUAGUAUGGUUAUGCAAUUGUGUGGAUUUUAUCAGAAGGGAAGCAAGGAGAGCAGGGAGCUCCUUGUGUCUUAUUAAUGGACGUUCGAUCCCCGGAGACAGGAGCGCUGAUAAAACAUCCCUCCUAUUAACUGAGUUCCCCUUCAUCUUUUCGGAUCAGAAGAGCAGUAUAUUGCACACAUUCCACUUAUUUACAGUUCAUACAAGUCAAACAAAUGGAAGCAAGCACACAUGCCGAGUAUUUGUGGACUAUACUCUUCUAUCUCGGAGGUUGACACUAUGCGCAAGAAGAAGGAAUUGGCCAUUGGAACGUGAACAUAUACUUCCCAAUGACAUUGAACCUAGGGGCUUGGUCCGUCAACACGUGCCGGGAUGUUUCACUGUUCACGGACGUCAACGGCUUAUCGGAAGAAGUUGUAUUAAUGGCCAGGAAUCUACAUCAGCCUGUUCUGCUACUAUAAGCGUAUCAGUAUUGAUGUGGAAACUUUAUUUGAUUUCAUUCGAGACAAUGUGUUCUCCUGGUUCAGUUUUACCCGUCCUCAAAACUACCGGACCCAUAAUACAACAAACGACCUUACUGGUGAGCACACUCUUAUGGUCAUCGGAUAAACUGUUAAAUAUGCCACAUUAUAUACCAAAUGAGAACAACUCUAACUCGUUGGAAAAUGUGCAGGACACGGAGGUCAAGCUGCAAGACCUCUGGUUAGAUAACUCACAACGCGAGGCCGCAGCAUGGCUCCUGCAAAAAUUAGCUGUUCAGCUAUGUCUUCCCUGUUCCACUCUGUCUGAUGAUUUAAGUGUGGUCGAAAAGAGAGACGUCCAACAGCGUCCCUAUGCGGAGGAACACUCAAUUGCGAUUGUCAAAAAUGGAAUACUAUGCGUCUUGCUUAAGGAAAGCAUUCAAACUCCUCGAGGUUUAGUUCUGCAAAUGCCUCGAAACAACCCACACCUCAAGUUACAGCCAUCAAGAUGUUGCCGAUGCACUAGGUUUGGGAAACUUUCAGGCUGCCCAUUACAUGUAACAUCUCUUCAAGAUGCAGUGCUGAACUACUACCACUUCGAUCAUGCCUAUGGGAGCAAAGAAUUACCAACGAAGGGAAGGAUGCAAAACUUCGACAGGGUUUGGUACAUUCGAUUGCAUAGAAACAUAAUGACUGUGAGCCAAUGUUUUCCCUUACUCAGGCCGUUGUCUGCAAUAUCUCUCCAAACACAAUCAGACCUUUCUGUCUGUCAGGAGGAUGCUGCACAAGGAGAGAUAUGUGCGAGAUUUGUUGUGAAGAAAAGCGCUUCUAGCACCACACUUUCACGAUUAACAAACACCGACAUUUUGCUGAGCGACAGCAGAAGCUUACAUGCUUUGGUCCUAAAACGAUACCAAUCCACCUUAACGAGAAACUGGAACUUCCCCAUCACAAUUUUGAUAGGACUUUUCAGUCGACCAAUUCAAAGCACAUCUCAUUCGCACCAAACCUGUCAUUUCUACCUUCACUCAGACAAGCUUGGAAUAUUUAAAUUGCUACGAUAUGAACUGAUCCGAAGUAGGCAAAUUGACGUGGAGGAAGAUGACUGCUAUUCAAGCAGAAUGAAUAAAAAUAGUAUGGGCGUUUCGCAAUCUGCAAGCCUUCGACCACAGCCUGAGGAGAAUGAGAAUGAGGAGUACAUUGCCGCAGGGCAAUUCUAUCACCGGGCUGGAGUAGGGAUCUACAACAACCCCCCUCCUCCAUUUCCGAUGCCGCUAGAGCUGCAUUUGGAUGACUGGUCAGUUGGGCAGAUCUUGCGGGAAGUCACUGAGGCAACUAGUCCACAACUUCGCCACAAACCGGUCAAACUGCAAGCGGUGCGGUUGAAUAUGCCAUUCGCGCAAAAGUCCCAGGCCCGUGUGCCCACGCUCGAGGAGCAGAAAUCCCAACGUUCAUCCAUGCAUCCCGCGGCGACAUUGGAGAGUCUACGAGCAAAGAAUGACGAUGUCGAAGAGAUGGGAGGGGAAAAUUUGAAAGAUAUCAUCCAUGAACUGGUGGAAUUAGGUACAAAGAGACAAAAAGUUCGUCCUCGCACCAGGAAAUCCAUCAAAAGCACAGCUAAGGAGGAUAUGGGUUUGCCAGUCAGUUCACCAAGAGACGUCGAGCAGCAGAGGAAAAGCGAAAAGGCUAUAUUGCGGUCUCCCCCACGAUUACAAAAAGCUUGGAAACAGCAUGAAGAGAAAAUGAGCCUGAACUUGGCAAAGUAUUUGAAGCCGGCCGCACCUGAGGUAGGUCAUGGUGAAACGAAAACCAGUAAAGUGGAAUCACGCACAGGUUCCUCUCCCAGAGUGAAAAUUUCUCGCAUGCCAGGUCCCGUUCACAAUCGACAAGGUGAGCGUGAGAAAGACACUUCAUUGGCGAAAUCAAGCACCGCGCAACAGCAAUCAAAGGAGAUCGCAACCGGGCGUGUAGCAAAAACGAUUGUUCCAUUUAAGAUAGGGUCUAGAACGAGUUGGGGUAAUCAACAAACUCGGGCUGAGUUACAGAGGAUAGGCCUCCGUCAACCUCCCGUCGGCAACGCGGGAGCAAUUGUAAAACCGACUGAAGAUCCACCAAUAACCACACAUGAGAAAUCUAGAACAGAGACUUCCAAAGAUACAGCUUUCCGGAGUGCAAAUACACCGAAAGAACCCAUUGUAAUGCUUAAGGAGAGAAAACAUGGACCCACUGAUAAGAGGGCGGCCUCAACCAUCAGUUCAUAUGGACCAAAACUGAGUAGUGCCAAACGGCACACUACAGAAAGAAUACAUGCAUUAUCUGCCUUAUCAGCCCCAGUUCCACAUAACGUCACAAAACCUAAUCAAUUCCUAUCUAAACCGACAGGAUUGAUGGUGGACACGGAACCAGCAACAGCUCGUCCAAAUUUGGCCGGUGCAAUGAGCAGCAAAAGCAGGGAGGAAACUAGACGAACAAGGCCCUUCUCUGGUCACCUAGAAUCUCUUGGAAAACAACAUUCUAUGGUUGGGAUUUUGACCCAGAAAAAGGAACCUGGAAUGUAUGUAGAAAACACAGUGAGUUACCGAGAACCAAAGAGGACCAGUACUUUGAGGUUGUCACCUUCGCCUGGUGUUGCUGGGAAAGCACACAGCACUUCGGCAUCCGACAGUGGUUUGAAGUACCCGAAGCCUCAUCGUUUUCAGGCUGCAGACGUGAUGAAAGGUGAGUCGAUGGAACUGGGAGAACAGUCUCAUAGUUUAAAGGCAGCAGCUGUGGAUACAUCAGCCGGUUUCUACGGUGAGAGCGAAGGUCAAGUUAAAGAACACAAAAAACCUACGCAGUCAACUGGAUCACCAAGGCCAUCGAGAUCGGGGACUAAUAUUAAAAGCGCCUUGAGGCCUGGGUCACAAAGAGGAAUGGUCUCCGAGGCAAACCAACCUGCAGUUAGGUUAAUGAGGAAAGCUGAGCUUAGUUAUCCAGUAGACCGGAAAGUGACAGAACGGGGGUACUCAACCUUACAAUCGUCACCAAGAACAGCCUCUACAAGUGUAAAAGAAGAAACUUUGAAUGAGCCACGUGCAAAGCUGCAUAGCCCGUCUGAUUUGCCGUUAUCGAGGAAACCGCAGGAUUCUGUUCAUUCAGUGCGGGUGGUGCCUGAAAAAAAUCAUACAAAGCUGACGGAAGCUUCAUCUUCGGGACCAGAAAGAACUUCCUCCAGAGCGAGAGUCGAUCGAUCGACAAGAACCCUACCCGCAUUCACAACUACGACAGCAGAUGGAAUACCUGCGACGGUAAGUUCCGCGUCGGAAGCUCGCAAUAGCGAACUAGGAGUAAAGGGAAUACACCCUAAAGCGGCACUGGAUGCACGCUCGAAAGCAACCCAAAGAACAAUACAGAGAUCCGGUACCCACUUUAGGAAUAACGAGACAGGACUGAAGGAAACCCCAGAGGUAUUCGCACUUCAAGCUGGAUUAGGUGUGGGUCCAAUAGCGAAAGCAACUUCACAUGCAAGUCCUUCUCAAGAACUCACACAGUCGGCAACUUCAAAAAUACACCUGUCUAACUCUUUACUGAAGCCGAGUGUCACGAUCGUCAAUAUUCCCUCAUUAAAUGACGAAAGCAAUGUGCAAACUCCGGGUGAAAAAUUGGCUGAGAAUGGAAUGACAACUAAAUUUGGAAUACAUUUUGCAGAAUUGAACACAGUAAAUUUGGCGCAGCCAUCGGCUUUUGUGGAACCCGGGAUUGUAGGGGGUACGAAUGAGACACAUCUCGCACCACCGGAUACCAGAGUGAAUAAAACACGUACACCGCCAUCUGCUCACCAGGAGGAAAUUUCCACACAAGCAUUAGUAGAAACAGGCACCCUAAAUUUCCCGUCUUCUCAAGUAGGACGAGUGGUGUUUACUGAGUCGACUGAGGUGUUGUUGGGCAGUGAAAUGCAACGAGUGCACUUCCCGGUUACGUUGCUCAAAUCGCACUCAACCUACGAAAACUAUGCCCGGUUAUCCUCACAAGACUCCGGGGACGUAGAGGCACUGGUGCCUAAUCACAGUGCAUUAUCCAAUCUAUCAGUCAUCACGACGGCCACGCAACUCACAAAUUUCAGUACAGCCACCACCGACGAGGAAUUCAGUGACCGAUUUCUUUGUGAUUCCCACUACUUUAUACCACCAUAUUAAUUCAUACACUUCCGUUUGUAUAUUCAACUUUCAUGAACGAGUCGAUCUGGUUCGGCUCAUUGUCGCACUUCGAGAGGAAUGAAGCUUCUGUUCUGAAGUUAAUACAAGUCUCUCUCGUUCUGGAUGAGU